AUGACCACCCAGAAAGCCGUCGUCGUCACAGCUCCCAAGGUGGCGGACGUUGUGACCGACCGCGCAUUGCCGACUCUCCGUGACGAGUACAUUCUCAUCAAAACCGAGGCCGUCGCCUUGAACCCUACUGAUUGGAAGCACGUUGAAUAUGUAUCCCCACCAGGCGCCUUGAUCGGCUGCGACUACGCUGGCGUGGUCGUGGAGGUCGGCAAGGACGUCAAGAAGCCAUUUAAGAAGGGCGACCGUAUCUGCGGUUUCGUUCACGGUGGAAAUGUCAACCAAUUUGAAGACGGUGCUUUCGCCGAAUACAUUGUCGCAAAGGGCGAUCUCCAGAUGCCCAUCCCCGACAACCUGAGCUUCCAGCAAGCUGCCACCCUCGGUGUCGGCAUCACAACCGUCGGCCAAUCGCUUUACCAGACCUUGAAGCUCGCCCUCCCCACCGAGCCCCUUAAGACUCCCGAGCCCCUCCUCAUCUACGGCGGAUCUACCGCCACCGGAGCCCUGGCUAUUCAGUUUGCCAAGCUGUCCGGCUACAAGGUCUUCACAACCUGCUCCCCCCGGAACUUCGAUCUCGUCAAGAGCCUCGGUGCCGACGAGGCCUUCGACUACAAGGACCCCAAGACCGCGGCCGCUAUCCGUGCCGCCAGCGAUGACAAGCUCAAGCUUGUGCUCGAUACCAUCUCGCUUGAGAGCAGUGCGGAGUACUGUGAUGCUGCCAUGUCUACCACUGGUGGUGAUUACACUGCUUUGCUUGCCGUUGGUGUCAAGCGGGAGAAUGUGAACAACCAUAUGACUCUAGGAUAUACCGCGGUUGGCGAAGCUUUCGACAAGUUUGGCCGCUUCUGGCCUGCUCAGCCUGAGAACAAGGAGUUCGCUAUUGGAUGGUGGAAGAUUGCCGAGCCACUCUUGGCUUCGGGUAAGAUCAAGGUGCAUACUCCUAAGGUUAACCCUGGUGGUCUGCGGGGAGUUCUUGAGGGACUGGACCUUCUCAAGAACGACAAGGUUAGCGGCGAGAAGCUGGUUUACAAUGUUGCGGAGACAAACUAG